ACUUCACCACCCUCCGCUCUCCGCCGCUCUCCGCCCCCCUGCGCCAUGGGCAAACGGCGGCUUGAAGAGCCGGAUGAGUCCGAUCUGCCGCUGGAGGGGCAGCUGGCGCUCCUGCAGGUGGACUAUGAAGUCAUGAAAGUGGAGAAUCGAGAGCUGCGGAAGCGCUUGAUGAAGGCCUUGCGGGCGCCCAAACCGGCUCCAUUGCGGGCGAAAGAAGCGCCGAAAGAGAAGGUGAGGCAAAAGGGGGUCAAAGAGAAGGAGAAGAUGGAGAAGGAAAGGGUCAAGGAGAAGCCCAAGGAGAAGGCGAAGGAGAAGCCCAAAGAAAACGAACAAACACGACGUGGAGAGAGGCCAAUAGAGAAGGAAGCACCAAAGGAAGAUGAGGAAGAGGAUGAAGCAGAAGAAGAGGCACCUCCUGGGAUGAAUGCCGUGAUGUUGGCCAAUGCACAGAUGGAGGUCUACAACCAGCCAAUCCCCGCAGACCUGCCGAAGGAGAAGCGUGCAGCCCUGGUGGAGGAGAAGCUCAAGAGCUUCAUGGACUUCUUCCAUGACUCUGUGCAAGUCUUGGACCUGAAAUCGGACAAAACGAUUUUGAAGGGGAAGAUCUUUGGAAAGCGCUAUGGUUGCGUCUUUCGGGAGUCAGGAGAGGACUUGCAAGGGCAAAGUACCAAGCGCUUCUACUUCGACUCCAAGAGCCCCACCUACUGUCUGGACUUCGAAGCUCAUGACAGCUUGGUCACGGCAAUGGCUGGUACACCGCCCGAUGGCCGGCUAGGGCUACGGGAGGCUCGCUCGGAGAGGCUGGUCGUCUUGUACGAAGAGAAGGGAGGCAAGAUCAGCCGCAUGUGGCUGAGACCCGACACUGAGAACCUGGGUGCUGAUCCCAAAGCCGGCGAGGAGGAGCUCAUGGCCAGUGAGGUCUAUCAAAGCUUCGCUGCGAAGCUCAAGGAGCUCAAAGGAUCCGACGACCUGGGCGAGCGCAUCUUCCACAACUACCACGACGUCCCCACUGUGGGCUGAGUCUUUGCAGAGUCCAUGGAAGACUCAGCCGGGUCAUGCGCCGAAGCUGUGAACAGUUUCGGCCUUUCCAUGACCAGCUCUAGCUCUGAGUGCUCCAUCCCAGGCGAGAAAAGAUGGACAAAAAGUGCCCCAAGGAUUUGAAAAAGGGGAUCGGAGUUCAAUCGUUAGAAAAGAAUUUGAAAGGUUGGAGAAGCAGUGAUUCUCCAUGAAAUCGUUGGGACCGGUUAAAGCCCAAACAAACCAAUGCCUUCAAAAAGCCAGGUGAACCAUGGCGAAACCGUUCACGUUCCACCCGGAGGGUUCGGGUCCCCCGGUCGGGUCGGGUCGACGUCCGUGGAUCGACCGCUGCGUCGGGAGAAGCUGAAAAGGAUCGACCGGUGGGGACACAUGAGCUUCGAUUUCGGAGGGAAACGGGUGGCCGGUAGUCGAUGGAUG